AUGUCGGAUUCUGAAGGUGAAACAUACGAAAAACAAGUCAAAAUCGUUCUCGUAGGCGAUGGUAGUUCCGGCAAGACAUCCAUCUCCGAGCGAUUUUCAAAAGAUUCCUUUAAUCGUGAUUACAAUCAAACCUUAGGAAUUGAUUAUUAUUUGAAACGUAUCAACCUGACACGAAGCUACAAUGUAACACUAGCAGUCAACGAUGUCGGUGGCCAAACACUAGGCGGUGCCAUGUUAGACAAAUACAUAUUUGGUGCAGAUAUUGUUUUACUUGUUUAUGAUAUAACAAAUUUACAAAGUUUUGAAAAUCUCGAUGAUUGGUAUCACACAGUAACGAAAUACUGUGCUAGUCGGAAGCCCCUAUUCGCACUCGUUGGUAAUAAAAGUGAUCUCGAACAUUUACGUACUGUUAAAGCUGAACGGCACCAACGUUUUGCUAAAGAACAUGAUAUGUUAUCAUAUUUUGUUUCUGCGAAGACAGGUGAAUCGGUGGAAAAUCUCUUUCGACAAGUGACUGCACAUUUGAUGCAUAUCGUUCUUCCGAAGAAUGACUAUGACGCAACACGUGUUAUUACUGCUCCGAUUGUCCGACAAGAACAAAAUAACGCAUCAACACCUGCGAAAGCAUCUCCGACGACAAAUACGACACGUACAUCAAUUUGUAGCUUACAAUGA